UUCAACUCUUGUCUUCUCUUCUCCACAUUACACGCACGCCGACAUGGCAAAGCGCAAGCGCUCAUCGUCGCCCACCGGUGAGCGUGAUGCGGCCGCAUCAGGCAACGGUAGCAGCCCCGCGGCAGCCCCGACGCGAAAGACAAAAAAGUCGCGCAACAACAGCGGCAGCGGCAGCGGUAGCUCGUCCUCGACCCCUUCAGCGACACCAUCGAGCUCGUCAGACAGCGGGCUCAAGCUCGACUUCAACCUCGUCGGCAGCAACAAGACAUACUCGCGUAAACUAGAAUCCAAGAAGCCCCUCGAGUCACUCAUCCCCAAGAUUGCAAAGGAGCUCGGCGUGUCUGUCCUCGGUCUCCGCCUGGUACACGUGCGCGCCGGCGGUGUCGAGCAGGAGAUCUGGGACGACUUCGACCUGCAGGCCGUCAAGGCUCGUGCGCACGCGACAAAAUCCAAGAGCGAGACGGUGCGUGUCUACUCGGCAUUGUUAGGCAGCCAGCCCGCAUCCCCAGCCGCGGGCAUCCCAGCGACAUCCAGCAACGACAAGGGCAAGGCGCGCGACACUGCCCCGCCAACGCCCGCCCGCGCCGUCGCGACUCCAAAGUCGGCCUUACGCACCCCCGGCAACAGCGACACACCGCGCUCCCAGAAGCGCGUCAUCAUCAACCUCCCCUCUGAUUCUCCCCCUUCAACGCCUACACCCCCAUCACGCCCCGCACCUCAGGCCACAAGUCUGGCAUCGGCGCCGCUCGCCAACGGACAGCCUGCGGACAAGCCGGCCAAGCGAAACCGAGGCAGGAAGAGGAAAAGCUCCACAGGCCUUCCCCCCUCGACCCCCGCCUCGCCCGCAAGCACCAGCACGUCCCCCACAGCACUCUCUGCACCUCCAACGGUUGCCAAGUACAAGCCUGCGCGCCCCAGCCCCCUGAGCCAGGCGGCACACGCAGAGCCUGACGACGACGACGAUCAGCGCGUGACGAAGAAGGCCAAGGCGCUCGACUCGCCAAAGGCCUCGCCCGUGUCCAAGGCAGCGGCGAAGGCGGCGACCCCCGCCGCUACCAAGGCGACCACCGCUUCCCCCGCCAUCGCGACAACAGCUAAAGCUACCCCAUCCGCUGCAGCCAGCCCCGCCAAGGCCGCUCCCAAGCCCGCCGCCGAGCGCAAGAAGGGUCGCAAGUCUGACUUGCCCCCAGUCGUCGGCACCGUCCCAGUGGUAGAAGAUGUGCCGACCGUUGUUGGAACUGUCGCGCCAGAAACCGGCCCCGCGGUAGCGACCCCGUCGAGUACUCCGGCGGGAUCGACUUCGGCCCCGGCUCCGAAGGACGCGGAAUCGAGCACAAUUGCGACCAAGAAGCCCCGCGGACGUCGCCCAUCGACACAUCCUGUCGCUCCAGAUGCUGACGCGCCUGCCUCGUCCGCAGUUUCGGUCACGGCUCCAGCAGUACCCACGCUGUCCGCCCCCGCGGCGCCUACCAAUGUCGCACCGGUUCUCCCCUCCGCCAGCCAGGCAGCGCCCGUCAAGACCCCGGCCACGGCGAGCAUCGCCUUCCCCACCUACAUGACACAGGCGCUACCUGGAGAAAAGACAUCGGACACCAUCAUGCGCCUCAUGCGUGAGAAGCGGGCAGCGGCACAAGCAGCCAUUGUCAUUGAGGCCGCGAAACCCGCGACAGCGCCAGCUCCAUCGCCGGUCCUGUCAACGACUGCGUCCGAGCCUGCGCCGUCGACGACCUCGUCCGAGCCUGCUCCAGCUCCGCCAACCCCGAAGCCCCGGAAAACUCGCGCAAUAAAGGUAAAGGCACCCGCGCCCGCCGCCGCCUCCGCUCCUCCUCCCGCCGACACUCCUGCCUCCAUUUCUCCUGCCACCCUCGCCACUUCCACCGUCCCCCCUCCCAUGGCGAACGGAACGACUGAGCGCGUGGAAGCACCGGCUACACCAAAGCAUCAGGCUGUCAGCUCUCUGGCAACGUCUUACGCGUCGCCAGCAGCGCCUCCCGCGUCCCCCGGGUCUAGAGAGGGGGCUGUGGAGGCAGUCAUUGAUGUGCCUGUCGACGACGAAGAGGCUGAGAUCAACUCGGCAACACCUCCAGCGACAGGGUCUGCUGCUGCGAACAUCGAUGAGGACCCUGUUGACACCGCCGAUGCCCAGCCAGAUGUUGUGGAGGGUGCGGAUGAAGAGCACACCCCCGAGCCCCCGACUCCAAAGCGCAUCAACCUCCCGCUGAGCGAUGACGAGCCCGAGGGGUACUCGCACAACAUCCCCUGCGCGCUUUGUGGAAAGGCGGCCAACCACAUUCAUCGUGACUGUCCUGCUGUGGCCAGCGGUGUCGGCACUCUCCGUGCGCGGCUGGAGGACCGUCGCAAGGAGCUUGCCCAGAUGAAGCAAAAGGCAAAAGCCAAGCCUAGACGCCCCAGCGCCUACGUUACCGCCGCUGAUAUUGAGGCCGAGUACGAGGAGAGCUCCGACUCGGUGUGCGACACGAUCAAGCAAUGGAUCUCUCGCCUCACCUCGGUCGCUGCCAAGGUCAACACCGGGACUCCUAGAGCCACCGCCAGCCCCAAGAAGCCCGCUUCGGCUCCCAACACAGUGCUGUCCAGAGCGAAGAAGAGCUUACCCACCUCGGCACCGUCCACUCCAUUGUCUCGCGAGGCUGUUGCGCGGGCAUCUGCCGACAGCGACUCGUCGUCGUCGUCCAGCACUCCGGCAACUGGUGCCAAGGCCAAUGGCGUCAACACUCCGGACACUCCGUUCUACCCUCAGGCCAUCCACUUAAAGGCAUUAGCUCGCCCCCGCCGGCCCGGCUCCAUGUCUGGCCUCAGUGUGUCCGAUGCCGUCAUCGAGACUGGAGACUCGGCGUCCGAAUCAUCGUCCUCCGAGUCCGAGUCGACGUCGUCGUACGAGUCUUCCGAGUCGAGCUCCGAGUCGGACUCCAACGACAGCGACGACUCGUCGAGCGAGGCCGGGGACAUUGACCCAGCCGAUCUGAUGCGCCAGAUCAUGACCCAGCCCCUCAGCAAGCGCCAGAAGCGCCAGGCCCGUGCCUCUGCGGCGUCCAUGCACCCCGUGGAGGCCGGCGAGGCGGUGUCGGACAAUGAGCUCUCUGACGACGAGACGCAAAGCCGCCCCGCGACGCAGAGGCGCGGCUCUGACAGCUCGAUCGGCGACCUCGAGGACGCGGACCCCGCUGGGCCGGCUGAGCCGGAUUCGGACACGGAGAGCGAGGCUGAGAAGGCCAGGCGCGAGGCUAUCCUAAGUGAGGUUGUUGCCGAGACGACCAUGACAGUGGAGGAGCCUGACUCAAGUGCGUCUAGCUCCAGGGAGUCGAGCGCGGAGGCAGUGACCCAGAGCAACGAUGUUGGAGUUGAGGAGCUUGGCGGAGACGAGGCGAUGGACGUCGACGAGCCUGAACUGCCCGCACUCUCUCGCCCACGGUCAUUCCAGAAGCUUGCCGAGAGUGUUGGUGACAGCCUGGUACAGGACGACCUUCCGGGUGACAUUGCUUUACGCGAGGCCAUUGUGGAUGAGGACGACGGCGAGGACGUGCCCCCUCCUCGCAACUCGGAUGCAGCUGAGCCCAGCUCCGAGUUUGUCGCUACCCAAGUUGUGGUUCCAGAGCACGAGUCAUCGCCCGAGCCGACACCACCUCCUGUGCCGCAGCCGAAGCGUCGUGGGCGCCUGCCCAAGAAGAAGCCAGAGGAUGCCGAGCCGGUCCCUCCCCCACCCAAGGCAACUUCCCCACUCAAGGCAACUUCCCCACCCAAGGCAACUUCCCCACUCAAGGCAACUUCCCCACCCAAGGCAACUUCCCCGGUGCGCAGGAGCACAAGAAGCGCCCUGUCCGCUAGCCAGCCAACGCCACGCGUCACAAGAGCUGCGUCAAAGGAGCCGGCUGCGAGCCAACCAACGGCGCGUGCAACAAGGGCGUCGUCGCGUGAGGUCAGCGCGUCACAGCCGACGACCCGCACUACCCGUGCUAGUUCGCGUGAGGUCUCCGCGUCCCAGCUGAUGACUCGCUCGACCUCGGCGAGCUCGCGCCAGCCAAGCCAAUUACCCACGCGUGUCACCAGAGCGUCAUCUAGGGACCCGGCACCGAGCACUCAGCCACCGCGCGGCGUCCCCUCGUCGCCAGUCUACAGCCAAACCACCUCGCAUGCGCGCUCCACUCGUCGCCGUGCCUCGGGGUCUGGUGAGCCUACCCUGUCGUCGCCCGUGUUGCCUUCAAGACUGGACACCAACGCCGUCAUACCCGAGGAGCCCGAGCUCGACUAUGAGGCGUCUCAGAUCAGCGGUGCGAGGUUCCAGUCGCGCACGGAGAAUGACGAGGAGAGCGCAAGCAUUCCUCCGUCCUCGAUGCCCCAAGGAGCACAGCAGCCGAACGGCACGCCGUCGUCGUCGUCGCUUGCUGCGUCGUCCCAGGACCACCCACCGGCUGUCCCCGAGACACAGUCGUCGCCUCUUCGCCGCCGCACCCGGCUCUCAAACUCGCAGAACGAAGCCCCGCUGUUCAUGACGCAGCCGUCGCAGGUGCCCGAGACACAGGCGUACAACCCUUUACCACCACCGCUCUUCCCGGAGACGCAGGCACCCGAGUCGAUGCCCGCCGAGCCGUCGUCGAACGGCAAGCCGGCCGACGGUGAGGACGAGGACGGGCUGAGUGCAUUAUCCUCGGACGACGAGACCAGCAAGAGUCUGUACCCUCCUCUGCCGGUACUCAACUUCUCUCGCCGGUCGCAGCCCGUGCCGCCGCCGUCGAGCUCGAUUCCCACACUUGGCAGCUUACCCAAGGACCUGCUGAGGCAGGGGCGCGCUGUGGGCGCCGGCAUGUGGACGGCUCUGACCAAGGGCUCGAGCGCCGGCAACGGCAUCACAUCGUCCCAGCCUGUCGGUGACGGAGGCAACAGCAGCGAGUCGGGCUCGGACACGGACUCUGACGAGGAGAAUGUCAACGAGGCGGUCAAGGCGCGGUAUGCUGGCUCGCGUCGCAAGUCUGACCGGCCACGCACGAGUGGCAUCAUGAAGGGGUGGUAG